GGGAGGCAGCAUCACCCACCCAGACUGGGAGGAGGGGAGGACAGACAGUGUGCUCGUCCCUCUAACAAACAGAGGUGGAAGGAAAGUGGAACUGAGAGACAGACGUGAGGGGAGAAGAGGAGCACAAUGAAGGAGUGCCAUUGUCCAUCCUGGCAGUACUGCCAUUUCACCAUCUGCUGAGAGAGAGAGAGACAGAGACAGAGGAGGAAAGAGAAGAAAAGAGGAGGCAGCCAAACAGACGAGAGGAUAGAUGGAGAGGAGCUGCCGGCAGUGACUUUGUGAAUUAAUCGAGCGGAAGAGCGGAUCAGAGGAGAAGCACGUUUUUCAGGGAGUGGACGGACAGAGAGCCAGAAAGAGGAAGGAGAGGACGAAUGACCGGACAGUCUGUGCCUGUUUAAACAUUAAUGUGGUUCUCAUGUCAAUACUGAACCCAGCUUUAGAUCACCAUGGAUUAUCAACUGUAUGCUUUUUAAACCAAAAAAGGAACUAUUUAUAAUUUGCCAUUCAUUAAAAAGAGAAAGAACUCAGUGAAAUUGAUUAGAUUCACUUUAUACAGGACAAUUUAAAUUACUUUUUUCAUUUUUGUAAAUAUUGAUUCUCUUUGUGACUUAUGGUUUUCUAUUUUCUUAAAGCAUAACAUCUACUCUUUGAGAUGUUAUACAGUCAUUAUCUUUGUUAGCUGCUGCACAGAAAAUUCAGGUUGUUUUUAUGCAAGUUUUCUAAACCUUAGUGUUGUCUUUUAGAAGUAACUGAUUAGUCUAACUGUUAUUUCUACUGUUAUUAGGAGAGUGAUUAUUGUUAUUUGAAUAACAUCUGACAUGCCCUAGUUCGAGUCAGUGCAUGCAGCCGACAUGGGAUGUCAACAUUGAUUUGGUUUUAUGGCUGGUGCGUUGCUGGUCAAACUUUGAUCAUUUCCUGAAACCUAUUGAUCUUUCUAGGAGCUUGUAGUUUUUCCUUCUGUUGUGUACAAGAAGCUCUAAUGUGGAGCCUUCGAUGCAGCAAGUAACUGCUGCCACGUGAAUUGACAAAACAGUUAUCUCUUUGUCUCAAGAUUUCGACUGUUGUCAGGACUUCUCAUAGUAUAUCCUCUGCAGGCAUCUCUUUUUAAUGUCUGUUGCCAUAGCAACGGGCGGCAGCUGCAGACAGAGCAAGAUGUAAAGUUCUUUUUCUCUUGUCUUAGCUUUUAAAAACUGGUGCUUUUCCAUUAGGUAAUUGUAUAUAUUUAGUAGAUAAGAAUCAUUUGACUGGAUUAGUCCAUGGUUGUGUACAGUUCUUAGUUUCUUUGUAAGACUGGAUUGUUUUCCCUUUUUUUUUAGUAGACGGUCUUUGUCUAUGCGGAGCGCAGCAGUCUCCGAGAAUCAGGGUUGUUUCAGGUCACCUGUCUCCCCCUCCCUCUCCCCAAAACUACCAUCUUCAUCAGUCAAACUGAUGUGCCAUUAUCAGGAAUGACUAUAUAAAUUAGAUUAUCAUCCUGUAUUCACUUGUACAUAUCACUCUGUGCAGCUGCUUGGCCUUGAGGUCACUAAUCACUGAUCAUUAGAUGUGCUACAUUUGUGACAGUCUGUUCUUCAAACUGUCUAUGUGUAGGUGACUCAGGAUUAAACCUCAUACAGAGGGUCAUCUCCUCUGCAGUCACCUGACCGACACUGUGUUAUGUGCGCUGACACAUCCUUGGGCAGGGCAAGGGUUAAAGCUGCACACAGAGUAUUUCACCCUCCCCAUGUAUUAAAAACACCUGUAUUUUUUCUCUCUUGUGUUAAGAUGUAAAUUUGUGUUGCCUUUUUUAAGUGUUAAUAUUUUCUUAGGGGUGUAAGUUGUUCUGCAUGCUAUUUGAUUAUCCAAAUACUAGGUGUCUUUUGUGAAUCUUCCAGCCAUAUUUUACAGCUUUCUGGAUAUUAUCACAGCCUGUCUGGCUGUGCGUGAGUGUGACUGGAUCCUUCAUGGUGCUUUUUGGCCAAGACCAGAUGGAUGGCUAGCUAGAAUUGCUAGACAAUCCCUCUGUGGUGCUAGACUGGUGUAGGCGACUGUUCCUUUGCCAUACAUUCAGCACCCACUACAAGCUGUGUACUUCAGACACAGUUAAGUUCUAUAAUGUUGGUGUGGAAAAAUGAACUUUUUCACUUGGCAUCACUGAAACAUCAGUGCCAAAUUUACAACCUUGUGUAAGUGAUCUAGGCAAGGUGUGUGUAAGCCUUGCUCUCUUUGAAGGAGUAAAGGUCAAGAGAUUGUAAACAUGACUAGUGCCUCAACAGCACUUUGGUGUAGGCUAGCCAGCAUAGAGCAGGUCUAAAGGUGUAGCCUUGCCACCUACUGAGGUCAAACUACUGCUGACUGUUUUGUUUGUGGGACUCUGGGUUGCAAGAGACUGUUAAUGUAAACAGACUGUUGUUUGCCUUCAAGGUUGGACUAUGCAGAACAUGAGAUGUUCAGUAGUUUGCAGUAGAACUGAGCACUGACCUGCUGCUUGAUAAGCCUUAGAUAAGGUAGGAAGUGUUUCCAGAAAAUAAACUCUUGGUUUGUUCAUAUCAAAUGGGGCUGUGUCAAUGCUCUUCUCUCAGGUACCUGACUAUAAUCUGGGCUUGUUAAUUAAACAAGGCAGAAAUAUAACUGGGGUAAGACCAGUUAUGCAUGUAGAGAUAACAACAGCAAAUAGCAUAACAGCAGAGUACAGUAUUGAUUGAGUAUUUCCAGCUCGGCAAGUGAGUUCAUGUUCAACUCUGAUGAGUCUCCAGCACCAUUCAGGGAACCCUGGGUUGGGAGUUCAAACUGGACUAAUCAGGUCUCAUUACCAUCACAGCAACAAGCCCACCGGUAGUUAUCAGCCAAUGACCUACAUUCUUUAGUGUUACAUCACCACCGUGCUGCUGCAGUGUGUGUCACUAUACCAGACACAGACAACAUCUCUAACCUACCACUUUCUAAUGGUGCUCCAGAAAAAAACCCUAACCGAGGUGGCCAGUUUUAGGGAACACACUUGAACCGUGGCAGCCUCAGUUGUUUUAGCCAUAUCAGGAACUUCAGUCAGGAAAUAGCCCAAUACUACCGGGCCAGUCUUAAGUACCAACUUUUUACUUUCUCUUUUCUACUGGUGUCUAAAUAGGUGGCCAUGUCCAGCUUCUAGCUAUCCUUAAUCUUAAAAUACAUAUUACUAAUACUUUAUAUAUUAGACAGAGGGACUGUUAAACAGGACAGCCUGGAGAACGGGCGAGCAGACGAGGGAGGGGGAGAGGGGGAGCGAGAGAUUAUUUGGAAGAGGAGAGAGGAAGUGGUGGCGCGGGAGAGGGCGGAAGCAUUGGAGAGACAGAGGUUGGCGGACUACAUUGUGUGGAGGAGAAGAGAGGACUUCCAAGAGAAGAGAGGAGACAGAGAGAAGGGAAUAAAGAGUACAGAGAAAGGGAAGGAGCCUGUGCCAGAAGUGAUCUGGAAGAAGAGAGAAGAAGAAGAAGGAGACACAGGGAGGGAGAGAGUAAGGGCCAUUCAGAGAGGGCAUGAAACUGUUUGGAGGAAGAGAGAGAGGGAGUAAAAGAGGAACCUUAGAAAAGAUGUGAGAAUAUGUGCGGCUACCAGGACUUGCAGACUAGCCAUACAUCAGAAUGCCUCCUCUCUCUUUUUAGCAGUUCUAUGCUUCAUUGAACUCUGCAGGUGCUCACUGUAGUAUUGACCAACUGAAGCUGUGUUGUGUGUGUUGCUGCCCCGUUAGUGCGUGCAGCCCCUGUGAGAUCCACUCGUUGGCUGCUAAUAGGAUUUUUAUGGGUAUGUGUCAAGCAGGAUGGAGCUGCUAAGGGGAGCUACUUCACACAUGCACGCAUGUGCACAUGCCAACGCACAUAUAUACGGAUAAUCCAGGAGGCAUUGUGGGCAGGGAAGUUUUAUACUGCUUGACACAUGUAAACACAUCAUGUACAAGUGCACAUCCCUCAGUCCAGUAAGAUGCAUAUGUGAGGGGGCGUUGAGAGACAAUCACUUGUGUUGAUUCUCCAUGGUGCUGGUGAAAGCUGGAAAACUGUCCCUCACCGAGAGACCAUUAAACCAAGACCAGAUCCUUACAGAUAUUGUUUUACAUUAUGGCAAAAACACUACACCAACUUGAAGAUUUUAUGGAGACCUAAGACCAUUUCAUCAUCAGUCCCUGGGAACACAACAAACAUUGAUGCAGACUUCUAAGUGAACUGAUGACAACAUGUUCUGCACUGUUGCACUAAAUCUAAACUUUUUUCAUCUGCAUUCUACCAUUAACUGGGACACCCUACUUUCCUCUGCACCUUCGAUCAUUCUGCUUUCAUUGUGGAGAAAACCGUUUUUAAAGGAGGCCGGUUUGGGCUGCCUGGUAAUGACUGGAGGACCGACAACCAGACAGAUGGAUGCGUCUCUUGUGCUGAGGGAUACAGACAGAGGGUUGUGUGUCCUACUAGAGAGAGACUUUUAAUACUGAAACAAAGAGACUUUGAUUGAAUCACUAGAGCCUGCGUCAACUUGCAUGAAUAUAAAAACUGACACUGCAGAUUCAUUAUGGAGCUUGUCCCAAAAACCAAGUACACCCACUUUCGGAGUGAAUCACUGAGUUCUACUGAUGAAACAAACUCCAAUCCAUCAUCGUUCCCUCCUUCGAGUCCCACCACGCCCCUUACUCCCUCACCUGGUUUACCUUCUUCUCUCUCCUCCUCGUCUCUCACACCCAUCUUGCCCCCAUCUUCUCCCCACCAAGCAGAGAACAGCCCCACCACCCUCUGUUCCUUCUUUCCCAGGAUGGGCUCCCUUCGUCUGGGUGUCUCUGCCACUCUUCUCCCAGGACUCAAGGCCUCAAGCAGGCCACAGCAGCCUCAGGCGCCUGUUGAGUCCUCUGGGGAUGACAGGAGUAGUUCAAGCUCCUCCCCUCCACCUCAUCACCCUGUCCCCCUUCUAACUGCGCCUUGUCCUCCUCCUCGACCUCCUCUGCAGGACAUGAACCGGCUGGGAGGGGUGUCCAGGCGGGCUCGGGUGGAAGGAGGGCAGCUGGGAGGGGAUGAGUGGACACGCCAUGGCUCCUUUGUCAACAAGCCCACCCGCGGCUGGCUGCACUCUGACAAUGUGGUCAGCACUGCUGGUGUGUCCUAUACUGUACGGUACAUGGGUUGCGUGGAGGUGCUACAGUCAAUGCGAGCGCUGGACUUCAACACCAGGACUCAGGUCACCAGGGAAGCGAUCUCUGUGGUUUGUGAGGCAGUACCCGGAGCCAAAGGAGCCCAGCGCAGAAGAAAGCCUUCGUCUCGCUGUAUGUCAUCCAUCCUGGGGAAGAGUAACCUGCAGUUUGCUGGCAUGACAAUCAGCCUCACCAUCUCAACCAGCAGCCUCAACCUGCUGGCCUCUGACUGCAAACAGAUAAUCGCCAAUCAUCACAUGCAGUCCAUCUCCUUUGCCUCUGGAGGAGACCCAGACACGGCCGAAUACGUAGCAUAUGUGGCCAAAGACCCAGUCAACCAGAGAGCUUGUCAUAUCCUGGAGUGCUCAGAAGGCUUAGCCCAGGAAGUCAUCAGCACCAUCGGCCAGGCUUUUGAACUGCGUUUUAAACAGUACCUAAAGAAUCCUCCUAAACUGGUCACGCCUCAUGACAGAAUGGCUCCAUUUGACGGCUCAGCAUGGGAGGAAGAAGAUGAUGAGGCUGUUCCUCCUCCUGAUGUUCCGUACUAUAAUAAUUUCCCUGGAAAACAGCCUCCCCCUGGUGGACUGAUCGACAUGAGGACGCGCCCAGGAGCCACGCUGCCUUAUGGACAGCCAGGUCAGAAUGAUAUUCACAAGCAGCCUCUGCCACCUCUACCAGUAGGUGCCAAAGAGGGGGGACGAGAACUCUUUGAUGACCCUUCAUAUGUCAAUGUAGAUAAACCCCGUCCCCCAGUUGCAGCCAAUGGAAAUGCUCAUAGGGAUGCAUUUGACAUGAAGCCGUUUGAUGAUGCCCUAGGAGUCUCUGGACAUGGUGGUCUCAGCUCGGUGACAGCGGCACCCCCUCUGGUAGAGCAGUUGCAGUGUGAGGCCUGGUUCCACGGUAGCUUAAGUCGCAGGGAAGCUGAGAGGCUGCUGAGCCGUGACGGAGACUUCCUGGUGCGGGAGUCUGGGACCACACCUGGACAGUAUGUCCUCACAGGACAGCAGGGGGGUCAACCCAAACACCUCCUGCUGGUCGACCCAGAAGGAGUGGUCCGCACGAAAGACCAUCGGUUUGAAAGUGUGAGUCAUCUGAUCAGUUACCACAUGGACAACAGACUCCCCAUCGUAUCAGCUGGUAGCGAAGUGUGUCUGCAACAGCCAGUAGAGCGCAGGGCCUGACACACCAAUGAAAUAAUUCACCAAAUAUACACACACCCACUAAAUACCUUCAUAUGCUACAAUACACACUUCAACACUACACUAACACACACAUACACAAAUACAUCUGCACACACCACAGCAAAGAAAGCCAAAAAACACCAGUUUCUCUGCGAAAUCACUCACUUGCUGCUGUUGCCACAUAUUCCUGUAUUUUCUGAAAGCUAAACUGUGACCUGCAGCCCCGUCACAACCCCACCAACCACCAGACUAUCCCUCCACAAUGGAGAUGCAUUGCUGCAAUUUUUCAACAGUCUACUGUGAACCAGCGAGGAGCCCUUUGCAGAUUUCAGAAUGGAGCAGAAAACAAAUGCAAUUUUUUUUUUUAAAAGAAGAAAAUCUUCCAUGCGAUAAUGACAAAAAAAAAUUUAACACCCCAUUAACAACUUGAAAUCAUGUACUAGAAAUCAUGGGAAUAAUAAAUGAAGAUGAAGGCGUAACGGAGACAUCAGAUGAGAGUUCAGCACAUUAAAGCAUGUGUGCUUUCCUUCUGGGAAAUGUUUUGUCCUCCUUAGACUGUUGCUGGAGCAGAGACUUGACCAGGCUCGAAUUUAAACUCUCCCGUCUAGUCUCACUGGAGCACUUCUGCAGCCAACCUGAUGUUGAAAUGAUUCUGCCUGGUGAAUAUGCAUCGAUGUGUUUGCUUCCAGUCCAAUCAGGAGGGUCACCCUACCCCACACCACUCCCCUUUUAGGACUUUUGAACUUUGACCUAUGGAUUGAUAACCUGGUUUAGAGGAAAACCUGUAUGCAAAACUGGGACUGCUAUGCCAAUGACUGUCAUAUCCGUUAUUUUUUUCUGUAUUUGCUUGGGACUCAUUGAAAGUUUUGAAUUCAGGAGGAUCUAAACAGCUGGAUCUCCAUAAUUCCUCUGUAAACAUACACAGAAAACCUGCACAUUUAUGCCACAUGCCUCUGUCUGCACCACCUGUCAUGCCAAAGAACAUGAACUCGGUCGCUAAAUACAGAGGAAGCAAUGACAAUUACCAACAGUUACCUGCUUACAGCACUGGGAGCAUAUUUAGAUGCAAAUUGGCCUGUUUUAAAGGGGAUGAAUCUGGGUUAAUGUGCCUAAAAGCAUCUGCAAAAAAAGAGAUCUGAAAGUAAUUUGUGCAGUGAUGUCACCCACAAACAUAAUAUUAAGUAUAUUUUGAAAAGCAUAGACCAGAUUAUUUUGACCAGUUACUUUUUUCGAUGACUCCUUAGUAUACGUUUGCAUUGACAAUCUAUGAGUUUUAUCUUUUCUGGAUUAUUCUGACUGAAUGUUAAGGAAAGUAGUAAAGGAAAACCAUGGAAACAGUGGCCCCUGAGAAACGUUAAGAGUCAAAGCAAUGAAUUUCCCUCUGCAAAAAUGAUGCAAAUUAUGUAUGUCAUGAUGAUUCUGUAUUGUGAUGUUGCUUUAUUUUUUAAAUAUGCGAGGGAAUAAUGUCCCUCUUUAACCCAUUUUCUCAAUGAAGUUGUUUAGGGGUAAGUGAACAUAUGGACAUAAAUGUUUUUGGAGCAUUGCUAAUGAUGAGACGUUAAGCCAAAUGUUGCUCCUCCAUGUGCUGUUUUCACAAACUUUUUAAAGGGUCUAGGGAAGGAGAAGCUCGCAUUACGCUGUAGUUCCCUCCUUUCCUCGCUCUCCUCCUUCAGUUCAUGAUGUUGUUUUUAUAUCCUUUUAAUCGUGCCUUGUUUCUUCAAUGCAGUCACGUCACUUCAAUGCAGUCACCUUAUGUACUUAAUUCAAAUGUAGUUAACUACAGGAGAAACUUACACAAGCCUCUCAGUUAAAUAAACAAAGACUUGCAAAAAUGACAAACUCAAACUCAAACCGUUUCAGUGAUGGCAAUCUCCUCUGAUGCACAUCCUUGCAUUCAGCAUAUAGUCACAGAUACUUGAUGUCACCAUUGGAGGGAUAUAUCCUGACCAUUUGUAAAUAACAUCGAUUUUUGAUCGAUCAGCAUAGUGUUUGGUCUGAAUUCUUGUUUUUACACUUGUGUAUUUAAUGACAUACUCGAUGAGUGACGCAGAGCCAAACACCACAGCACUGAGGAAGCUCUUAAAGCCAAUUGAUUUACAAAGAGUGUAAGAUCGAGGCCAAACUCUUCAAAUGAGAGAAGGGAUCUUUAAACCGAAACUUUAACGGACAACUAGUGUUCAGACCCCGAAGUGGGCUCGGAUGUAAUCUAACAGAGUGACAGCUGGGUCAGUCAGACACUCACACUCCAAACUGUUUGUCAGGGUUUGUCAUCGGUCAGAUAUGGUAAAAACAGCUGUACAGUGUGCCCUUACUGUGUGUGCUUGCUGUGUGUGUGUGUGUGUGUGUGUGUGUGUGUGUGUGUGCGCUCAGACCCACCUGACCCUCUGCAUCAUUUGUGACUUUCAAGUGUUAUCAUUGUUCAUCACAGUUGCCUUUGUUGCAUGAAAAUCCUUUGGAAUUUGUUGUUUGUCAUUGGUGAUGGUGAUAUUGUUGAUGCUGUUGUAAUUUUUCAUUUGUUUUUGAAAGCCAAAGGUUACUUUUAAAUAGUGUGCACAGAUAUUGAUUUUUACUUUAUAUGUUCAUGUUUUAAUACUUUUCUGUUUUUAGGGAAACAUGUCUGUUUACACCUGUAUCUGAAAAUAGAUAGAUUGCAUAUAUAAAUACAUAUAUCAUUCA